AUGCUAUCGCUCAUUCUGACGAUAUUCUUUGUCCACGUCGCCAUAUAUCUGGUGAAUACUGUCGGCGCAACCACAAUUGAUACUCUGCUAUGGAUUCUAUACCUCAAGCUCCCUACAUCGACGUCGAAGAAUGCCCGCGAGCAGAGCCGACUGAAGCGCGAAGUCGUCCAGCUCAAGCGCGAGAUGAACAACACGAGCUCGCAAGAUGAGUUUGCCAAGUGGGCUAAGCUGAGAAGGAAGCAUGACAAAGCUAUGGAUGAAUAUGAGGCAAUGAACAAGAAACUCACGGCUCAGAAAACCUCGUUCGACUGGAGCGUCAAGAUCGCUCGGUGGCUCAGCACCAACGGUCUCAAGAUCUUCCUUCAGUUUUACUACUCUAAGACUCCUGUCUUUGCGCUUCCGGCAGGCUGGUUUCCCUCCUACGUUGAAUGGGUUCUCGUCCAAGUUUGGAAUAGUGUCUGCGCGACAGCGAUUGCCGUCACGGCAGAGAUUGUUACUUCUAUGUUGCUGCAGUUGAGAAGCCGGACUGCAACCCCGGCUUCAACAGCGAAGGCUCAAAAGGCACAAUGA